GUGUCAUAUUUCUCCUCUGGCUGCAGUGGAACAUGUCCAAAGCCUAUUGAGCAGCCGGAGAGGCUUGAGCAGACACACUCCUCUAUCAUGUAGAAGUGUAGAAUACACAGUCGCUGUUCUGGUGUCCAACAGAACCACCAAACUUCUUCUAUUUCUAGGAUCAACACCCUCCAUAAUUAUCUUAGGGGAUGCAAUUGUAUUACCUGAAGCCAAACACCAAACAAAGAGCCUGGAGGUGCCCAUGAGGAGGAGAUGUCUUCUUCUGAUGGACAAGUCACUGUAGCCAUCCCAACGCUGUAUAACUAGCUCUCUGUCUCACUCCUCUCACCUUACCAAACUAAAGAAACAAAAUCACAUCCAGAGAAUGUAAGGAAUUCCCUUUCACCCACAACACCAAGAGUCCAGGAUUUUAACAUCAAUAUUCUAAGUGCUUUUUCUACAUCAGCUUGGAACUUCAGCUGUCUCCAGCCUCAACUCAAGUCAACCAUGAAAGAUUUCUUUUGUCUUUCAGACGAGGAGCUUCUCCCAGAGGACGAUGAGAUGCCAUCUUUCAGCCAGAGACAAAAUGGCCGAAUGCGGACGAAUUGUUCCAGAUGUCAGAGGAAUCUGUCCCUGCAGACUUCAGUGAAAGUUUUAUAUGUUUUCGUUGUAGUUCUCAUCAUCGCUGUUGUGAUUCUUGCAACAUUAGUGUUCAGGAGAGUGGAUAAUUUGUACGAUAACCUUGCCACGUCCCAGUCCUACUACGAGAAGAAGAUGGUGUCGGUUCAGGCAAAUCUUCAAGAUCUUGACAUUAAAUCAGUGGGCAAUUGUUCCUUCUGCCAUGAUGCCAGCCAGCUGGGGGAAGAAAUCAGUAAGCUCCGCAUGGAACUGGAGGGGAUCCAGAAGAUGUUGUUGCAGCAGGAAUUGGUUUUGGACCAGACAUCUCAAAGCCACCAAAUGCUCUUGUCUGCUAAUGGUGACCUUGACAAUCAAAUCAUGAGGAGCAAUUUCACCCUGAGGCAAAUUAAUCAAACACUGGGGCUUUUCCUGGCCCAGGUGAAAGGGUGGCAGACUUCAGCGGGAGAGCUGGAUACCUCUGUCAAAAAUCUGGUCCAGGAACGGUACGAUAUUAGUUCUGCUGUCCAACAAAUUAACUUUACUGUGAGACAAACUUCAGAGUGGGCUCAGAUCAUACAGAGAAAGACAGACGAGGAGACCCUCACUUUGCAGAAGAUUGUAUCUGACUGGCAGAACUACAGUAAGGUUUUCGGUGCAUUCAAGGCAACAUCAGCCAAAACAAUCGACCUGGUCAGAAACAUCCAGAGCAGCAUUGGCACAACGGUGCAGCGCAUCAGCCUCAACACAGAAGUCAUGCACGAUCUUGUUCUACAAGUCAUGGGGCUUCAGCUGCAGCUGGACAACAUCACUUCCAUCUUGGAUGACCAUGAUGAGAAUAUGCAGGACCUCCAGUAUCACGCCAAGUACACCCAGAACCGAACGGCUGAACGUUUUGAGAGCCUGGAGGGUCGAAUGUUUUCCCAUGAAACAGAAAUCAGCACCAUCUUUAACAAUAUCAACGCUACAGAUAACCACGUUCACAGCAUGUUAAAGUACCUGGAUGACGUUCGACUGUCCUGUACCCAUGGCUUUAACUCUCACGCCGAGGAAUUAUAUUACUUAAACAAGUCAAUGACACUCAUGCAGGGCACUACUGAUUUGCUGAGGGAGAGGUUUGGCUUGAUGAACGCACAGUUAGAGUUCGACAUGCGAAACUUAUCCAUGAUUAUGGAGGAGAUGAAAGUGGUGGACGUUAAACAUGAAGAAAUUCUGCAGAAGGUCACCAUUGUGCAAGGUGCUCCUGGGCUUCCUGGGCCAAGAGGAAUUAAAGGAGACACAGGAACCAAAGGGCCCUUAGGUCCCAGAGGGGCAAAAGGAGAUUCAGGGGAACUAGGACCUCAAGGGCCACAAGGACAAAGAGGAAUAGCUGGUGAUAUUGGACCACAAGGAGAAAAAGGACCGUUUGGAAUAAAGGGAGCAUCCGGUACUAAAGGUGAAAAGGGCAGCAUGGGCCCACCGGGUCCUAAAGGUCAGAAAGGAACUAAAGGUGAUGUUGGGCCUACAGGACCUGGUGGACCUCCAGGUGCAAUUGGACCCCCAGGGCUUCAGGGAAAACCUGGACUCCAAGGAUUGAAUGGCUUUUCAGGUGAAGAUGGGCCAAGGGGUGCCAAUGGAGAAACUGGUUUCCCAGGGCCUCCAGGCUUACCUGGUCCACGUGGAUUACCUGGACCACAAAUCUUCUGAAACUGAAUGUAACUAGUCACGUACCAGUUCUCAGCCUUGGGAAAACAAUGUUGGAUAACUGGUUUGAAUGUAUCAAUUCUCCAUCCCGCAAACGUUAAAAAUGAUGCACAGAAUUUUAAGCACCAAGUAAAGCACCAAUGAGUUGGCCUGGAAAACUGCACUUACUUACUCAGCAUCCAUUCCAAACCUCUGCACAUAUGUCUUUCCAUACCUGGUAACUCAUAACUUUAUGCUUUAUGUCGUCUUUACUGAAAAACAGUCAAUACAAACAUCAAAGAACAGUUCCUGACCUAGUGGUGCCCUUCCCUCAACAGCAUGGCUUGGACAUUUUCUCAGUGCCUGUGUUUACGUGCCUAUGUAGUCAAUUAUGGUCAACUGGCCAAGGAAAGCAUCCAAUCACAGACUUAAGAUGCAUUGCUGUUCUUACUAGGGAUGCACCGAAUCAUUGGAUUCGGCCGAACCCCCGAAUCUUGCAAAUAUGCAAAUUAGGAUUCGGAUUGGCAGAAUUAUUCAGCCUAAUCCGAAUCCUGCUGAAAAAGGCGAAUCCUGGCCGACUCCAGAACCAAAUCCUGGAUUCGAUGCGUCCCUAGUUCUUACUCAGCAUCCAGCCAGUAGACGCCACAUGGGUGUGCCUUUUUUUUUCCCACCCUUUUUUCAUAGCAGUUUAGGAGAUAGACAACAAUACUACGAAGAGACAUUUAAGACCAGUAAUGCCCCAACUAAAGUUCUCUAACUUGUUGGUCUUCCUCACAAGGGAUAAAAAUCAGCUGGUAAUCAAUAUAAAUACUAUGUAAUGUUUAUCUUUAGUUUGGAGGCUUUAGCAAAAACCCUCUAACCCUUGCUCCAAAACAAGCCCUGCUCCAUCUAUUUGUCAUUUAUUUCAACUCUCAUUAUGCUUCAACUCUUUCCUUUCUCAUGUUUUUUUCUAUCUCACCCCUGGAUCAUUGUCUCACCUAGUGCCAUAUACUGGUUUGUGUUUGACGUUUAUGUUACUUGCCCACAAUGCAACUUGCACCUAUAUAUAGUUGAGAUAUUUGAACACACAUUCCAUUAAAUAAAAUAAAACAAAAGCUU